UUGGGCUUUCCUUCUCUCUCUUUCACUGCAAUUUACAAAAACAAAAAAAAACCCACAAAAUUUAAUAUAUAAUCACUUCAGAAUCCUCCGUUUCAGUAAAAAAUCUCCAAAACCCACUUCUUCUUCUGUGGAGAGAGAGAGAGAGGCGAGGAAGAAGAAGAGUGAAAAUGGGUGUGGAUUUGAGACAAGUGGUUGCUGGAAUUCUUACGAUCACCAUGUUUGUGAUGCUCGGACAGAUGAUUCACAGAGAUUACUUCGAUCCGUCUCAGGAGAAAUUCCCUGGAGAAGGACACGAUAUCGAGUUCGAGGGAUCCAAAGUUGCAGUGCAAGAAGGUCUAGUGCGGUCUGUUGGGGGAAGCAACGGGCCUUGGAUGGAGGACAUCAAUAAUGAACUUAAGCCUUGUUGGGAAGCAUCCAUGUCUGAUGAAGCAGCAUCGUCGAAAGGAUAUGUUACUUUUUCGCUGACAAAUGGUCCUGAAUAUCAUGUCUCUCAGAUUACUGAUGCUGUAAGGGUGGCAAAUCGUCUUGGAGCCACUCUUGUGCUUCCGGACAUAAGAGGAAGAAAGCCUGGGGAUGAAAGGAACUUCGAAGAUAUAUACAAUGCUGACAAGUUCAUUAGAAACCUAGAAGGCGUUGUCAAGGUUGUAAAACAAUUGCCCGAAGAAAUAUCUCUCAGGAAUAUGGCCAUCGUGAAGGUCCCUGCCCGGGUAUCCGAAGAUUAUAUCAAGGAAAAUAUCAUACCCGUCUUCAAGUCAAAGGGAAACAUAAGAGUUGCAACCUACUUCCCAUCCGUGAACAUGAGAAAAUCCUCACAAGACGGUGAGACCGAUCCCGUUGCAUGUCUGGCAAUGUUUGGCUCGUUGGAGUUGCAACCCGAGAUGAACAAAGUGGUUGAUUCCAUGGUCGAGAGGCUGAAAACACUGAGCCGGAAAUCGGGUGGCCGGUUCAUAGCCAUAGACCUGAGGGUUGACAUUCUCGAAAAGAAAAACUGCCAUGAAACCGCGGUUGCAGGCUCCAAAUCCUGUUAUGAUGCACAAGAGAUCGCUCUAUUCUUGAGAAAGGUUGGUUUCAACACCGAUACUACUAUCUAUCUUACGCAGCCUAGAUGGGACAGCAGCCUCAACAUUCUCAAGGAUAUAUUCCCGAAAACAUAUACAAAGGAAACGAUAAUGCCGGCUGAUAAGAAAUCAAAGUACUUGGAAUCAAAGGAUUCCGAGUACGAAAAGGUUAUCGACUUCUACAUAAGCUCGAGGAGUGAUGUAUUUGUUCCGGCAAUAUCGGGUCUGUUUUACGCCAACACUGUCGGAAAAAGAAUAGCUUUAGGGAAGCCUCAAGUCCUCGUUCCAGCCGAGAUCACUGGCACGUCGGCCCUUGCCACAGAUUUCGUCUCUCCUUACAUCUCGAAGAAGAAUCACUUGGCUUAUUCAUGCUUCUGCCCAAUCUGAUCUUCUCUGCUGCAUUUCUGUGAGUGAGAUCUUGGAGAACUGUUAAUCACCGAUAUUAAGUUUAUGUCGAUAUUAAGUUCAUUUUAAGGCGGGUGAUUAAUCUCGUCUUUGGUGUAGGAAAGAAAGAACUGUUUGAGGUUACAGAUUGAGAUUUGUUGGAUUAUAAAUACUUUCAGAUGUUUGAAAAGUUCAAUUUUUGAUGAAAAGGGUAUUCGAGUUUUCGAUCUAA